AUGAACCAACAACCAGAUGUCAUCGUUUCUGUCGACUUGGGCACAACUUUCACAGGGGUAGGAUGGAGAACGCCUCGCACUCCCAUCCAAGUGAUCAACGACUGGCCCGGAAGUGGUGACCGAGCUGAGCGCAAAGUGCCAACCGCCAUUGUCUACAAUGCCGACGGAACGCUUUCGUCCUGGGGCUUCAUGUGCGCCGAUGAUGACGGUGUCGACCAAGAAGACACGUCGGGCAAGUUGCGGCGCGAAUUCUUCAAAAUAUUCAUCGACAGCACGAACCUGGCGGCCGCGCAGAGUCUCUCCAGAGCCCCCAAGACGAUCGAAGAGGCGGAAAAGUUUUCGACAGACUAUCUUGGUCAAGUGUACGCCCACGUCAAGGAGACGAUAGAGAUGCAAAUUGGUCGACGACAGGUGACUGGCGGGUGGUCAGAUCUAAUGGUCGUCUUCCUCUUCAGCGUGCCCACAACAUGGACGCGGAUGGAGACUAUCAACACAUUCAAGGGAAUCAUACGCAACGCAGGGUUCGGAGUAGAAGGCCCAAUGCACUCGGCACUGGUUGACCUCACAGAAGCCGAGGCCGCUGCUGUCGCAACCUUGAAAACAAGCGCCAUCAACUUCAACACUGGCAGCCUCUUUCUCACCGUCGAUGCCGGCGGCGGCACCACUGAUCUCUGUUUAAUGCGAGUUAAAUCCACGGACCCCCGGUUUCCGCAGAUGACACAAAUGUCGGCUGUCAAGGGCGUCGGCAUCGGCUCAACUCUGAUAGAUCGCGCAUUCGUCCGCCUCGUGGAUCAGAGGCUCAAUGCCUGGCCAGACGUCCGUAAUCAGCUUCCCGCCAACUUUGCCGUCCGAAUGUCUAAAAGCCACCACUUCCGCACCCUCAAACAUAAGUUUGGCGAAAAAGUGUACAUGCAGCCUCUGUUCAAGAUUCCCAUGGAUGGCGUGUCCCAUAAUUUUAACCACUCUGGUCUUGGAGUCGAAAACGGGCGUUUAGUCUUCACCAUGCUGGAGAUGCAGUCCCUCUUUGACGUUCAAGUCGAAGGGGUCAUGAAGCAAACCAUUGAACAACUCAACUGGCUAUCUGAACACGGCAAGGUCGACCAGGUGGAGUUUGUCAUUCUCUCGGGAGGUCUAGGCAGCUCGGCUUACGUCCGUCAGAGUAUCCAACAACAGCUCACCAGCUUUCCACAUCCAAAUGCUACCCAGGCGGUCGUGGUACCUUGUCAAGACCCCCAACUCGUUGUAGUUCGCGGUCUUCUUCUCGAUCACCAGCAACAGUUGGAAAGCGGCCAAUUGUCUGUUCUUGCAACACGAGUCGCCCGUGCGAGUUAUGGAGUAAGAGUUAGGCAAGUGUACUCGCCCGCCCAGCACUUUAAUGAGGACGUUAUCCGAGACCCAUUUGACUCCAAAAAGCUAUGGGCAGUAAACCAAAUACAGUGGAUGAUACGAAAGGGCGAUGUUAUAGAUGUGAAUAGUCCACUGAUAAAGAAAUUCGAAUUCCACCUUGCGGACGGAGAGACGACCCGGUCGUGGGAUACAGAUAUCGUUAUUUCUCAAAACGAGGCCUCCUUUCUCCCGACGAGCAUGAAACAAGCCGGUGUGACAAGGCUUUGUCGCGUAAACAGCAACCUUGAUGGCGUCGAGCAGCAUCAGCUGGUCCUCAAGAAAAAGCGCGGGACAUGCAUGACGAAAGGCUAUAAAUUCUAUAUUUGUGUGUUCGAAGUCCGAGUGAUCCUGGCUCCGGCUGAUUUGAGGUUUGAACUUUGGUUUGGGGGGCAAAAAUUUUCAAGAAACCAUAACCCUAUUGAUGUCGAAUGGGACCAGAUGGGCGCUCGUGUUGAAGCCAAGUAG